CACAGGGGGUGAAUUUUACUGUCUGGUUGUGAUGCAAAGGUCAAGCACGAGGAGCAUGAGAAGAGCAUGUGUGAAUGGAGCGUAAAUAUUUGGGCGCACCUGAUCAGCUAGAAUAGUAUGAGCCCCAAUUUCAUAUGCCCGGUAUUAUAUUUCAUGUGCUUUCAAUUUCAUCACUGCUUGUCCUUUUCAAAUUAAAAUACUGUAAUUGGGGCUUAUAGAUGGGUGUCAGGGGGUCUGUGAGGAUAAAAAGAUACAAAUGUCAUGAAUAGAAAGAGGUUUUUUUUGUUUCGUUGUUUAAAGUUUACUAAUACGGUGUAGUAUGUAUGAGACAGUCAAAUCUCCACAAAUAAAGUACAUGAUAUACACUGCAUGCAAAGUCAAGUGUAAAAAUAUCAGUACUUUUUGGGAAAGGGGCGCCAUGACUUUCAUUGGAUUCUUAAAGCGGUGACUCAAAAAGGUUCGCAGAGUGACAAUUUCAAACCAAAGAGCUUUUUAAUUUGUGUUCCUUGUGCUUUACCAUUCAUUUAUAUGCAGUAGUAUGCUAAUGCUUUACAGUAGAGCUCCUUAUUUUCCAGGGGUUACGCAACAGGACCACCAGCGAAUGGUGAAAAUUCACAAGUAAUUUAGACUCCCAUAUAAAUGUCUGUUUUUGACACAUGGCUCGCUCCCCCGCCUCCAAACCCCCAACCUGCUAGCUUGACAUUGAUGCUGUCCUACAAAUUUGGGUUCAACAUUUGCAACAAGAGUGCCUGUUGCGAUUGUUAGACUAGAUUCAGCUCCAGAACCCUCUCCUUCUCUCUUCAGUUUGCCUCAUACACUUCAAUGCAUUUUAAAUCUUAAAUGUAUUGGUAAUGAAUGAUCAUGUAAGGUGAUUGAUGAACAGAUGGAAUCGGAGUCAUGGUGUACAGCACGUUAUAUAUAAGUUUCACCUUUGCGUCUCACAGCAACUAUGGUGCGUUAAGGGAGCACCAAACAAAAUGCGAAAUCUCAAAAAUCUGAAACCAUGACAUGAAAGCAUCGCAUCGAACCGAACCGAACCGUGAAGUUUGUGCAUUGUUGCUCCCCUAAUAAAGACAUCAACAUGUAAAAAAAUUGGGGGCUCUCAUAACAUUUUACCUGUACUAUCAUAGAUUUAUAAAUUAUCACUGACUUAGGGUGAAUAAGAUGUGUUUUCUGCGGGGAAAAAACGGCCAAAAAACCCUAAUUUGCAGGGAUCCACUGUAUAUACAAGACGAUCAGGACUCCUGUUGUGUUCCUUGGCAGAGACAUGAAUGGUUUUGAAAAUGUAAAACAAUGAAAACGGCAUAAACUUGUAUUUCACAUUCACGCUCUUGACAUGACUUUUGAAAGUCUUUGGCCACUUUCUAGUGUCAUGUUAAGACAAAAGAUCGAAAAAAAUCAAGGGAUUUUAGAAUUUUGGGUGGGGCUGCAACUGACAAUUAUUUUCUCAUCGAUUAAUCUGAGGCUUGUUGUUUCGAUUAAUUGGUUAGGCCCUUGAGGGACCUAAUCAGUGUGGACCAAACACAAACAGGUUGUGGUUUGGUCCGCAACCAAUAGGAAAAAAAGGCAAAAAUAUUGAUCGCUGCUUUCCAAAGUCAAAGCUGAUGUGCGUGAAUAUCUUGUUUUGCCUAAAACACAAAGAUAACAUGUCUGCUUUCAUGGAAGACUGAGGAAAUUAAAAAAUAUUCACAUUUCAGAGGCUGAAAUGAGAGGUUAUUUGCAUUUUUCAAAUCAAAAAACGAUCAUUGUUGCAGGUCUAAUUUGGGGUUUAACUAUACAGAAUAGAGUGUGCAUGUUCUCCAUACCUUCAGCAUGUUUGUUUGAUGGGAAAAUGUCUUUUGCCAGACUCAAAGGGAACAUUUUGGCUGUCAACAUUUUUAUGAGCUCCUGUUGGGUGCAGUUGCAUUGGGCACGCAGCUUCACAGUGGGUGGGGUUGGACGAGUGCUUCUCAUUUGCACGCUGAAGUCACUGAACAUUAGGCCUGAAAAUAGCCCCCCAGAAGCUAUAUAGGGGUGCUCGUGCGGCUUGCCCCAUUAGACCACACUUCUUUUCUGCCUGACGACUUCCUGUGCAACACGGAAAGUUUCAAAUCAAGCAAGAGAAGAAGAAGCUCAAAGACGGGAGACUAAGUAAUGCCAGUGAUUUGAAAGAACUUUAUUUUGAUGAGCCACCUCACAUGAAAGGAUAAAAGCCAAGCAAGGAGGAGAAAAGGGACAAAAAGGAUAUAUAUAUUUUUGAUUUUCUUGUUCUGUGUGAUCUCUCAUGUCCCCCCUGCUGGGCUGACGGCAUAGGGGGAGGAAGAUCCUGACCACUGCAGGGAUGAAGUACAAUUACCACAUACCAGUGUCAACGUACACCCGCCAUUCUCAGUACACGCCAACCUACCACACACCUACACAGUACGUGUCCAGUCACUACACACCAUCAUACACUUCUGCGUCAAAGUACACACCAAGCCACUAUAGCAGCACACAUCACACCCCGUCGUACUACACAUCCUCCUACAAGUCUGCAUCAGCGUACAUCCCUUCCCGGUACAGCUCCACGCGGCGCACACAAGCACAGGGCAACCCUGCCCCUGUGAUCCCCGUUCCACCUGCAAAGAGAGCUGUGCACUUUCCCAAUGACAUCAUCUUCCAGGAUAUCGUUAGAUGUGGAGAGUUGGAGCAAAUUGGCCGGUUCAUCAGAACGAGGAAAGUCCGCGUGGAUACGGUCUUUCACUCAGGUAUGGCAGCGCUACACGAGGCGGUGCUGACAGGAAACCUGGAGGUGGUUAAGCUGUUGGUCAAGUACGGCGCCGACGUCCAUCAGAGGGACGAGGACGGCUGGACGCCGCUUCACAUGGCCUGCAGUGACAGCUUCCCCGAAAUUGCAAGCUAUCUCCUUUCCAUGGGAGCCAGCACGGAAGCCGAAAAUGAGAGCGGAGAAAAGCCGGCAGACCUCAUUGACCCCGACUGUGCAGAGUUAUCCAAACUGUUCGAGGCUGGUUGCAUAUAAUCGGCGAAGGGUGAAAGGGCUGGCAAAUUGCUUGGAAGAGGACAAAAAUAUUGUAACAUGUUUUCUAAAACGGUACUGGUGAAGUUGGGAUUUGCAACACCUGUUAUUCUCUAUUCAUGUAAAUAUUAUUCUAUUUUUGUGAAUUUGUGAUACUGAACAGUGUGGUGAAAUCCUUAUUUCCUCACUGAAUUUAUUUUAUUAAUUAAAGUGCUCUUGAAAUGAAUUUACAACACAGAACUUGAGAUAUUAGCUCUUGUUAAUCCUAACUGCUGGGCAGAAAAGGAAUCACAUGAAUUAUAAACUAAUACUUCAUUGGUCAGGAAAAGCUUCAUGCUGUUCAUCAUCAAGUACAUUGCCUAAUAUUGCAGUAUUUUCCCCGACAUACUGGUGUUAUUUUCUUAUUUACG